AUGGGAUCGGCCCAUAAAAACAUUACCAACAGUCAACAUCAUCACGCUAUGCUUCAUGGCUUUCUGAGAAGCAUGUCAUUUAAUAACAGUGCUGGGGUGACAAUUUCAUUUGAUACCAGUGGAGAAGUCACAGCAGGGUUUGAUAUUAUGAACUGGCUUGCUUUCCCAAAUCGAUCUUUUUUUAAAGUGAAAAUUGGAGAGGUUCAUCCAGAAGCUCCUGCAAACCAAAUGCUUACCAUUAAUGAAGACAGGAUCACCUGGAACAGAUGGUUUAAGAAGACGCAGCCCCUUUCUGUCUGCAGUGAAAGUUGCCUUCCAGGUUCUAGGAAGCAAAUGAUUGAAGGGAAGCAAUUUUGCUGCUAUGAUUGCAAACAAUGUCCAGAAGGGAAGAUUUCUAAUCAGAAAGAUUUGGAUGACUGUACCCAAUGCAGACCAGAUCAUUAUCCAAAUGUGGGACAAAACCAAUGCAUUCCCAAAGAUGUAGCUUUUUUGUCUUAUGAAGAGCCACUGGGGAUCACUUUGGUGACUUUUGUCUUUUCCUUUUCUUUCAUCACUCUUUUGGUGCUAGGAAUCUUUAUAAAGCACCACAGCAGCCCCAUUGCCAAAGCCAAUAAUAGGAACCUCACCUAUUGCCUUCUGAUCUGCCUCCUCCUUUGCUUCCUUUGUGCUUUGCUUUUCAUUGGUCAACCACAACUGGUGUCCUGUCUCCUCCAACAAGUCAUUUUUGCCAUGGUCUUCUCAGUUGCCAUUUCUUGCGUGCUGGCAAAAACUGCCAUGGUGGUUCUGGCUUUCUUAAGCAUCCAACCAGGAAGCAGUCUGAAGAACUGGGUGGGGAAAAGAAUGGGAAAUUCUAUUAUGACUUUCUGUUCCUUUUUCCAAGCAGCCCUUUGUUUUGCAUGGCUGGCCAUUUCUCCACCAUUUCCAGAUGUUGACAUGCACUCAGAGGCUGAAGCAGUUGUCCUGGAAUGCAAUGUAGGGUCUGUCACCAUGUUUUACUGUGUUCUGGGCUACAUGGGCUUCCUGGCCAUUGUGAGCUUUGUGGUAGCUUUCUUGGCCAGGAAGUUACCUGACAGUUUUAACGAAGCCAAAUUUAUCACGUUCAGUCUGUUGGUCUUUUGUAGCGUUUGGAUAUCUUUUGUUCCCACCUACUUGAGCAUCAAGGGGAAAUCCAUGGUAGCUGUGGAGAUCUUCUCCAUCUUAGCCUCCAGCGCUGGCCUUCUGGGCUGCAUCUUUGCCCCCAAAUGUUACAUUAUUUUGCUGCGGCCUGAGUUGAACAAAAGAGAACAUCUGAGAAGAAGAAAAGGAUAA